AGAAAACUCACCCUGGGCCUUGGCCCUGGGUGUUCGCAAUUCGCGUGGCAGCAUUGAAAUCCUGACAAGGUGUUGGGCGGCGCCUGCAAGAACUUGAAGACGGCAUCAUCAUGGUCACGGUGCCAAACACUUUGCUCAAACAGCCGUGUCUUUGAGCCUCGACAGGAGCACUCUCACCUUUGAUUCCGGAAUGGCGCCGUCUACCGACUCACUCUUUGAGCUGCGGUUGCUGCGCACUUCUCUCAGCGGCGCUUCGACCCCGCCCACCACCCCUGAUGAUGCCAGCCCCCAGGCCCUCCACCUGGCGGACACCCUCCUGAGGCUCAUUGAAGCGGGCCGAUAUCUCGACGCGCUGCGCAGCUCGGGGGCGCGCUUGGUGUUAGGCCCUUCCAUGCUGCCGGGGGCUGACCAGAAGCACGAUGACCCACAGCAUUACUAUCAGGGCGUGCGAGAGAAGGCUCAGGAGCUGCGCGAAACGGAGGGGGGACCACUGUUGACGACGGCGGUCGGGGUGGCGGCGUUGUAUGCAUUUGUCCAAGUAAACAUCCUGGGUCCACAGGCGCAAUUCCCGCCCUUCCCGCUUGCGAGUUCUGCAGCUUCGGAGACCGCACAUGGCGACACCGCCGAGCAAGAAACCUCCGAUGAUUUUGCUGAUUUCGCUGCCAGCAUUCAGAGUAGCACCAGUGGGGAGACUGCGGACAGUGCGCAGGCAGGGCCAGGCUUUGAUUGGGACGAUUGGGCGCGUCGAGAGUUAGUCAUAGACGGCACGGAUGUAGUGGGCCGGUACGCCCUCCCUCAGUACCUGCUGCUAGCGCGCAUCCUACUAGUGGAGCCCCACGUUCAGAACCUGGGAGCGUCCCCAACCACAGAGGUUCCACCUCCUCUUCCAUCAGGAGAAUCGGCCUCUUCUCAAAGCCCCAAUUUGCCCCAAAUCACGCUGACUCCGCCUGAGAAUAGUAGUGCCCCCCUGAGCGGCUACUGGUGGGCUGCCCGCACUCUGUUGGUAGAGCAGCGCCUGCUGGCGGAGCACUCGGCGUCGCUGCGGGGGGCUAUCUUCCUCCUGCUGCCGGCUGUGCUGGAAAGCUUUGGAAGCGCACAAGCAGCGCAGCGGAGCAUCCCAGCGGGUGAUGCCUGGAAAGCAGGGGAGGCGGGUGUGGUGGCAGGAGUGGCUUGCUUGGAGGCGGGCUUGGCACAGCAUGCCUACAGGCAGACUGAUGCAGCGGCGGCGCUGUUCGAAAGGGCGGCCCGGGAAAGUGGGCUGGAAAUUGAGGUCACGGGGGCGCUUGGGUACAGGACGCCACAUCAGGUGGAUGCCAAGGCGCAGAUGGUCGUCCGCACAGCUACCACCGGCCCUGCAGCCACUUACGAUUCAGACCCCGACGAACCCACCACUUCGACACCCCCUCCUCCAGAGUCCCUCCUCCCAAAAGACAAGUUUGCCGCCGACACCGAAGUCUUUAUGCAGCCGCGCCUUGUUCCCUCCGCCCAGCCAGAUUCGCAGCGCCUCACUUCAAUAGCCCAAUGCCUGCUGCUAGCGCACUGUUUGGAUGUGCGGAAGCAGAGCCCGAGCGACGAGCUGAUAGCGUGGCAGGCGGCGCCCUUUUUGGAGGCGGUGCAAGCGCAGAAAAGGCAGCGACCUGGGGUGCGUGCCGCGGGAGGGCUGGCGCGCGCCCGCUGGGAGAGGCACCGCGGCAGGACACGCGAGCGGGCCUUCCUCACCAUGCAGCAGCUGGUGGACGAGCUGAGCGGCGCCGACAUCCCUGCAAACAGUCACCCUGCAACCGCUGCGUCUCGGCUACGGUACGGGCUGUCGGUGUGGUUCCCGUCGUGGCCCGCCCUGCAGAAGGAGCUGGGCGAGGAGAUGGUGCGCAACGGCAUGGUGGGCGCAGCGCUGGACGUCUUCGAGCGGCUGGAGCUGUGGGACAACCUCAUCUACUGCCUCAAGGGCCUCGGCAAGGUGGCCCAAGCGACCUCUCUGGUGCGGGCGCGGCUGGAGGUGUCGCCCAAAGACCCGCGGCUGUGGUGCAGCCUGGGCGACCUCACUCUCGACGACGCGUGCUACACCAAGGCCUGGGAAGUCUCGGCGCACCGCCACGCGCGCGCGCAGCGCUCCCUCGCAAAGUCCGCACAGGGCCGGGGCGACUUUGCGGCUGCCAUCCGGCACUGGGAGCUCGCCCUGGCCAUCAACCCACUCUUCAGCGGGGCUUGGUUCGAGCUCGCCUUCGCCGCGCUGAAAGAGGGGGACGACAAACGCGCGAUCAAUGCGCUGACGCGGACGGUGCAGCUGGAGCCGGACAAUGGCGAGGCGUGGAACAACAUCGGGGCGCUGAAUCUCAAGGCGGACAACUUUAAAGAGGCCUACAUCGCGCUGCAGGAAGCGGUCAAGUACCGGCACGACCAGUGGCAGUCGUGGGAGAACCUGGGCAAGGCGGCGCUGGGCGUGCGCGCGUACGGGCAGGCGUGCCGCGCCACCGCCAAGGUGCUCGACCUCUCGCGCGACAAGCGCCUCGACGUCAGCACGCUGCGCCGCCUCGUCGAAUGGGUCGAACACAGCCGCAAAAGUGACGCCAGCGGAGCGGCCCACUCCGCUGGAGCGCCGCCGGAACCAAGUGGGGGAAUGGGCCCGGGCUUCAAAUCUGGGCCGGUUACCACAACCGUGGAAGAAGUUUCGAAUAGCGUGAACGAGCCGGAAGGGCUGAGCGCUGCUGAUGUGGCGGCGGCCGUUCACGCGGCCGCGGAUGGGGGCGACGAGGAGGAGAGCGGCAGCGGAGGGGUGGCGGAAAGCGGGCCGGAAGAGGGGGGGGAACUGGCGUCGGAAAGGGAAUUAUCAGCGGUUGGAGAACUACUGAAGCGAGCGGUGGGCAGCGGGGAGGGGGGUGCGGAGGUGUGGGGCCUGCAGGCACGCUUCUUCGAGGCGACGGGUGACGUGGACAUGGCCAAGGAGAGCAGGCUCAAGCAAGUGCGCGCGCUGCAGAGCUCCAGCUGGCAGCACGAGGACGCUGGGUUUGAGGCGAUGGCUGCGGCGUCCAUAGCUCUCGCUGACGUCUACAUGGCGUCAUCUGCUGCUGCUGCCGGUCAAGGGGCAGGCCGCGAGAAGCGGGAACUAGGGGCGGCGAGGCUGCAGCUGAGGGGAGUGAUCAAGCAGGCGCAGGAACGGUUUAGCGGUACGGCCAGCUAUGCUGCCUUGGAGGGAAGUCUGGCGAAAGUGGAGGAAGCUCUCAAGAACCUCAGCAGUGGAUGAUGACACUCAUUCUAUCGAAGGCGUCCUUGCUCGAUCGCUUGCAUGCGCACUCGCCUACAAAUCUCGUUUCUUGGAUGCUUAUCGUGUCUCGUAGGGAGCAUAAGUGUUCCGGUUUCGGUCCAGUUUGACCGCAGCUUAGUCUAGCUAGGCGCCGCUGCUUGAAAAAUGAUCCCACGGUGAAUCAAGUCAGCAAACGCGGAUGCGAAUAUAUAUGAUCACGAG